CCCGAAAAUGCCACGGCCCCGUCCACGCUAUGUCCCGACACCUCGCAAGGCCGGCGACUCAGAGAAAACAAGCGAGCAUGACAACUCCCCGCUAAGCUCUCCCGUUCCAAACGUCGCUUCGUCUGCACGGAAGAUGUCCACAAAGGUAUCGCGAGCCAGCAUGAAGCCCGAAGUGGUCAUCAUGGUUCCUCGCACGGGGUCCCACCGAGGCAAGACGCCGGUUCGUCCAGACUCACCUGAGGUGCCACUGUCCGUACGAUCCCGAGCCUUGCGGCAAGCAAGGCAGAAUGAGGAGGCAGGGCCUUCGAACCUGACCCAGAGGAAAGGCAAGGAAGUCGCUUCUGGUGCCGUCACUUCGGAACCCCCGCCGGUCCCUUCAGGUUCGCGGCGUACUCCAUUGCAAACGCGGAGCGUCUCUGAAGAGUCUUGCUCGCCGCAACCUGUCCCGCCGAAAGGACGUAAGCGCCGGAGAGUGGCUUCCUCAUCCUCUUCCGGCGGUUCGCCCGAGAAACCAUCGCUUCCCGGACCUGCAGCUCGGAAGCCGCCACAUCGCGCCUCGGGACGACCUUCCGGGUACUCUUCCGCCACGGCACCCCCAACAUCAUCACCUGUACAAACCGACUACGAAGACGACCGUCCAUUGGUGCCAGCAGGUCGCAGCCAUCACCGUGCCAGAUCAGAGGCACCUAUACCCGCGUUAUCCCUAUAUCCUUCCGUGUACCCACCACACGCCCAGCGACCCGAUCACACGCGUGCGAAUAGCGUCGCCCAUGGUCCUCAUCCUCCUCAUCCUCCGCAUCCGGCUUUCCCUCCAAUGUCGUUGCAGCAGUCACAAGCUAUGGCGAUGUUUUCGUAUUUCAUGGCUUCAGGCGGGCUGUUUCCACAUAUGUCGCCCCCAUCCGGUCCCGCAUAUCAUCCGGGCCCUCCACCACCGUUCUACGGGAUGCCUCAAACGCCGAGCCACCGAGGACACCAUCCCCGACACUCUCAAGGCUUCGAUAUGCCGUCUUCGGAAGCGGGGCCAUCUCGGUCGUCGACGUACUCUACCCCCACACACUAUCCACACUCCUACCCGUACUGGUUCGAUCCUGCUUACUCUAGCGGCACGCUCCCGCCUUCCUCGCCGAUACCGUCCUCUCCCAUGGACUCCUCUCCAAUAUUGCGCCCCGCUUCGGUACCCCCUGGUCAGCGCAGCAAGGCCAGAGGCCGGCGCGUCUCUUUCAAACUCGAUGGGAAGGACCGACCGCUCUCCGACGGCGACUCGAUCGGUGGCGAUCGGGCGUCCGACGAUGACGCUCCGGCGCAUACCCAUCGCCGCAGGAGUCAGACUCCCGCGAACCCGAGCAAAGGCAAGGGCAAAGGCAAAGGCAAGGCUCGGGCCGUGCCUGCAAGCGACGAGGGCGAGGCGGACGAAGAUGGGCAGGAGGACACCGGGAGAGCGGGGCCGCCGCCACCACCACGAGCGCGAACACCAGGCCCCCCCGGGCGACGCGAGCAGAGCGUGCCGCGCGCCGGCUCUGCCACGAGCAAGGGGAAAACGACGUCUGCAAAGAAGAA